AGAAAACAAACAAAGAAAAAAGGGAAGUAAAAGGAUAAGCGGAGGAUAAGGUAUUUGAAGGCCCGCCAUUUGUUUCCCUCUUCAUCACCACACCUACGAACACUCAAACUUGUAAGGAACAAAGGGGGAUAAGGUUGCUCAAAAUUUCCAUCUUGUCUCUGUCGCAUAAAGGUUGGUUUACUGACAUCUGCUAAGCAUUUCUUCACGAGGAGCACAGAAAAAGAGCAAAUUAUUUGCAUGCAUGUUACAGGUGGGCGGAUGGUGCAAAAAUUUUAAUAGCCCGUGAAACUACUGUAAUUGGUGUAUCCCUCUAUUCACCAUGGCUCCUGCAAUUCCCACAACAAUUAACUGUACUUCACUAAGUCCAGGAAAUAUCUUCAUUGGUAGGAAGAACUAUCUUCUUACAAGGUGCAGCAAUUUUCAGAAAUCUGGCAGUCAAACACUAUUUGCCCAAAGAUAUGCCAUAACCUUCUCAGCAUCUCAUAGACUGUUUCCCCAUUUUGGACUUUCUGUUGAUGCAAACCCUAAAUCAAACUCCAUUGUGUCAUCAGCUAAGACUGAUGUAAUAGUAGAAGAGGCACAGUCACCCACAGUAGGUAAUAUCUAUAUGGAAGCUGCAGAAACUUCUACUGAUAUUGGAACACAGAGGAAAGAAUCCACUAUCAAGUCAAAUUCUAGUCCUACCCUUGCUCCAUCAAAACGUUCAAAAUUUUCCAGAAAGAGUGAAAUGCCUCCUGUUAAAAACGAAGAUCUGACUCCAGGUGCAAUUUUAACUGGAAAGGUCAGAUCUGUACAACCAUUUGGAGCUUUUGUUGAUAUUGGAGCUUUCACAGAUGGACUCGUUCACGUAUCAAACUUGAGUAACACUUUCGUGAAAGAUGUGGGAAGUUUUGUUUCUGUUGGUCAAGAAGUAAAAGUGAGAUUAGUUGACGUGGAUAUGGAAUCAGGAAGGAUAUCUCUUACCAUGCGUGAAAAUGAUGGGCCCAGACCGCCCAGUAAGCCAAAUCAGCCAAAAAAUCCUCCUGUAAAAAAUGAUAAAUCCAGAACACCAAAGAGGGCUCCCCAAACGAGCAACCAAAGAAGAGAGGAGGUCAAGAAGACGUCAAAAUUUGUGUUGGCGCAGGAUCUUGAAGGAACAGUGAAGAAUCUAACAAGGUCUGGUGCAUUCAUAUCUCUUCCUGAAGGAGAAGAGGGUUUCCUGCCAAAAUCAGAGUUGGAUGAUGGAGGGUUUGGGGACAUCAUGGGUGGCUCUUCACUAGAAGUGGGUCAGAAAGUUAAUGUCCGUGUUUUGCGCAUCACUAGAGCACAAGUGACCUUGACAACAAAGAAAGAAGCAGCCGGAGAGUUUGAUGAAAAGCUCCAAGGUGUUAUCCACACAGCAACCAAUCCCUUUGCAUUAGCCUUCCGCAAAAAUGAGGACAUUUCUAAAUUCCUAGACCAGAGGGAAGAGGAAAUGCUAGCUGAGAUGUCAGAAAAAGAUCAUAACAAAGCAGAAAGUGGUGCUAGUAUGGUAGGUGGUAGCUUGUAUGGGACUUCUGAAGCAUUGGAUGCUAAAGAUAGCACAACCACCCGAGACCAACAAAAUGAAGAACCUUCUGCAGUUAAAGAUGAAAAAUUGCCUAAAAUUUCUGCCAAAGAUGAAGAAAUAGUGGCAUCUAUGGAAGAGGAGAAUGAUGUGAAUAUCAACCUUAUUCAUGAAGAGGUGAAUGGUGCAAGUCAAAGCAUAAUAAUUGAAGAAGUGGAUGCAUCUUCUGAAACACUUGAGGAGGCUAGAGCAAGCACAACCACCACAGAUGAUCCAAGUGAAGAGCCUUCUGCUACUGAUGAUAAGUCAUUUCCUAAAACUACAAUGAGCUGGCUCAGUGAAGAGCCAUCUGCGCUUAAUGCAUCAGAAAGCACUGCUGAACCUGAAAUGUCUCAGCAAAUAAUGGACAAAAGCUUUUCAGCUGAAAGUUCAGAAGAAGUAUUGCGUAAUGAGGAAGUCCAUAAUGCGAAGGGUGAAGCCCAAACUCAAAAGGCUGUGUCCAAGGUGCUCCUUCACACUCAAGGUGAAGAGGAACCAAGUGGCAGUAAUUUCCAUGAAAACAGCAGUACUGUGAGCAUAAGUGAACAGAACAUAGUUUCACAAAACAGAAAAAACAUGACUGAGGCUGCUAUAUCUCCGGCACUUGUGAAGCAGUUGCGUGCAGAGACAAUAGCUGGAAUGAUGGACUGCAAGAACGCUCUUUCUGCAACAGAUGGCAACAUUGUUAAAGCAGUGGAGUAUCUUAGAAAGAAAGGGUUGGUUAGUGCAGAUAAAAAAGCGAGUAGGACCACUGCUGAAGGAAGAAUUGGUUCUUACAUUCACGACAGUAGGAUAGGUGUCCUGAUAGAGGUGAAUUGCGAGACGGACUUUGCAUCCAGAGGAGACAUAUUUAGGGAGUUAGUUGAUGACUUGGCUAUGCAAAUAGCUGCAUGCCCUCAAGUACAAUAUCUAUCCACAGAAGAUGUUCCGGAAGAUAUUGCUAAUAAGGAAAGAGAGAUUGAGAUGCAGAAGGAAGAUUUGAUGUCAAAACCGGAGCAAAUUAGAUCAAAGAUUGUUGAUGGGAGGAUUAGGAAGAGGCUCGGGGAAUUUGCUUUAUUGGAGCAACCGUAUAUUAAGAAUGAUAAGGUAAUGGUCAAGGAUUGGGUCAAGCAGGCAGUUGCGACAAUAGGAGAGAACAUAAACGUUAAGAGAUUUGUAAGGUACAACCUUGGGGAAGGUUUAGAAAAGAAAAACCAAAAUUUUGCUGCCGAGGUGGCUGCCCAGACUGCAGUAAAGAGUGUCUCACCACCAGACAAGGAGCAGCUUGCUGUUACCAAAGAUGAUGGAACUGUUGAGGCUCCUAGGAAAUCAGUUUCUGCUGCACUGGUUAAACAACUACGUGAACAAACUGGGGCUGGCAUGAUGGACUGCAAGAAAGCACUGUCUGAAACCGGAGGAGACCUAGAAAAGGCACAAGAGUAUCUCAGGAAGAAAGGCCUUUCAAGCGCGGACAAAAAAUCCAGCCGUCUAGCAGCCGAGGGUAAGAUAGGGUCAUACAUCCACGACUCCCGGAUAGGGGUUCUCAUUGAAGUUAAUUGUGAAACUGACUUUGUGGGAAGAAGCGAAAGAUUUAAGGAGCUUGUAGAUAAUCUGGCAAUGCAAGCUGUGGCUUGCCCACAGGUACAGUACGUAAAUGUGGAAGAUAUUCCAGAGAGCGUUGUGAAGAAGGAGAAAGAAUUGGAAAGUGAGAGAGAAGAUCUGAAGGACAAAGCAGAGAGCAUUAGAGAAAAGAUUGUGGAGGGUAGGGUAGCGAAAAGGCUCAGUGAGCUUAGUCUUAUGGAACAGACUUUCAUCAAGGAUGACAGCAUGUUGGUUAAAGAUUUGGUGAAGCAAACGAUUGCUGCUCUCGGGGAGAACAUAAAGGUGAGGAGGUUUGUUAGGUUUACACUUGGCGACAAGUAAAUGUCAUGAGAAAGAAGUGUCCAAGAAUGUUUUGUUUCCCACAUUCUUUUUUGCUCUAGUGCAAACAAAACGGUGCCAUUUUCAUGGUUGUCACAGCGCAUAUGCAAUGCAGCUUACCUCCAAGGGGACAGUAAGGUGACAAGUAGUUGUAUGCAAACUUAAUUUAAUAUUAUUACUCUCUUGCUCAUACAUGAACAUCCACUUUGAACUGACUCGGAGUACGUAUUCUAAAACAAAAGUAUGUGGUUGAGAUUUUAUAAUAAAAGAUUAAUAAUCC